UCUCUCUCUCCAUAACAACAACAACAACAACAACAUGCAUUUCAAUUAGAACCCACAUUUCGAUUUACAAUUUCGCUACCAUUUUUAUUUUUCUCUGCCAAAUUAUGGAACCUUCCAUUUUCUUCUUCCUCCUCAUCUCUAUCUUCAUUGACUUCACUCUCUCUCUCACCCCAGACGGCCUCUCCCUCCUCUCUCUAAAAUCAGCCGUCGAACAGCCAUCCGACGGCUCCGCUUUCUCCGACUGGCUCGACACCGACGACACCCCCUGCCGCUGGACCGGUAUUUCCUGCAUGAACGUCACCGGCUUCCCGGACCCCCGCGUUGUCGGAAUCGCGCUCUCUGGCAAGAAUCUCCGCGGGUAUAUUCCGUCCGAGCUCGGAACCCUAGUCUAUCUCCGGCGGCUCAACCUCCACAGCAAUAACUUCCACGGCUCUAUCCCUUCCCAGCUCUUCAACGCCACCUCACUCCACAGCAUCUUCCUCUACGGUAACAACCUCUCUGGUUCGCUCCCUCCCUCGAUCUGCAACCUCCCCCGCCUCCAGAACCUCGACCUCUCCAACAACUCUCUCUCCGGUUCGCUCCAAGCAGAGUACUUGAAGAACUGCAAGCAACUGCAGCGGUUGAUUCUCGCGAGGAACAGAUUCAGCGGCGAUAUUCCGGCGGGAAUUUGGUCCGAUAUGGAGAAUCUAAUCCAAUUAGACCUCUCCUCGAACGAGUUCACCGGAUCGGUACCGGAGGAUUUCGGCGAGUUGAAGUCCCUGUCCGGUACCCUCAACCUCUCGUACAAUCACUUAUCGGGCAAGAUUCCGAAAUCUCUCGGCAAUUUACCCGUGACGGUGAGUUUCGAUCUCCGAAACAAUAACUUGAGCGGGGAAAUUCCCCAAACAGGGUCGUUUUCGAAUCAGGGGCCUACUGCGUUUCUGAACAAUCCUCUGCUAUGCGGGUUUCCGAUUCAGAAAACUUGUAAGAACCCGGGGCAGAGCUCCCCGGGUAAUCCGAAUUCGGGACCGGGAUCCGAAAACGGUCCGAGAAAGGGUUUGAGUCCAGGUUUGAUUAUCUUAAUAUCGGUGGCUGACGCUGCGGGAGUGGCGUUUAUUGGGCUAGUCGUUGUUUACAUCUAUUGGAAAAGAAAAGAUAAUUCGAGCGGCUGUAGCUGUACAGGGAAGAGUAAAUUUGGAGGGAACGAGAAGCUUCAUCUCUGUUCUUGCGCUUGCAUCAAUGGCGGGUUUGGGAACGAGGAUUCGGAACAGGGCGACCCAGAAAAAGCAGAGAGGGGAAAGGGGGAGGGAGAUCUCGUGGCCAUUGAUAAAGGGUUCACGUUUGAGCUCGACGAGCUUCUGAGAGCUUCGGCUUAUGUGCUGGGCAAGAGCGGGUUGGGGAUCGUGUACAAAGUGGUGCUCGGCAAUGGCAUCCCUGUGGCUGUGAGGAGAUUGGGUGAGGGCGGUGAUCAGAGGUACAAGGAGUUUGCGGCCGAGGUUCAGGCGAUUGGGAGAGUGAAACAUCCGAAUGUUGUGAAAUUGAGAGCUUAUUAUUGGGCUCCGGAUGAGAAGCUUCUGAUCAGUGAUUUCAUUUCUCAUGGCAACUUGGCCUCUGCUCUUCGCGGGAGAAAUGGCCAGUUAUCAUCAUGCCUCUCAUGGACCACGAGGCUAAAAAUCGCCAAGGGAACAGCCCGGGGCUUGGCCUACCUCCACGAAUGCAGCCCAAGAAAGUUUGUGCACGGAGACAUCAAACCCUCCAAUAUUCUUCUUGACAAUGAAUCUCAAGCCUACAUUUCCGAUUUUGGACUCAACAAACUGAUAACCAUCACAGGCAACAACCCCUCCUCAGGUGGCUUCAUGGGUGGAGCUCUGCCUUACCUAAAAUCAGUCCCAACAGAGCGAUCAAACAACUACCGUGCCCCGGAGGCCCGAGUCCCGGGCAACAAACCCACCCAAAAAUGGGACGUGUAUUCGUUUGGAGUUGUGUUGCUUGAAUUGCUCACUGGAAAGUCCCCCGAGCUCUCUCCGACCACAUCAACUUCCGUCGAAGUCCCAGACUUGGUGAGGUGGGUGAGGAAAGGGUUUGAGGACGAAAACCCUUUGUCAGAUAUGGUAGACCCUAUGUUGCUUCAAGAAGUGCAUGCCAAGAAAGAGGUGCUAGCAGCCUUUCAUGUAGCGCUUGCAUGUACUGAGACAGAUCCUGAGGUUAGGCCCAGGAUGAAAACUGUCUCUGAAAAUCUUGAAAGGGUUGGGACGUGAGAGAAUUUAAUGGUUCUUGUUUGGAUCCACAUUUAUAUAUAGCCAAGAAAUUCCCACAUUCACCU